CUCUCCGCUCCCUCCACUCUGUCUGACAGAGAAACGCUCGGAUGGUGAGCAGCUUCAGCCUGAGGAAACUCAACUUCAGCGCUCUCUAACAGGUCAGUUUGUUACUAUUUUAAUAUAUUUCCUCAGUUCAUUCAAAGUUAUUAUUAGUAUUAAAAAUAAACAUCAUCCUGCUUUUUGCUGCACUGACGACCUUUCGAGUUUUGUACUCAUCUAACACGCUACAACAUCACACCCACAAACGGCUGCAAGUGUGUUUGACAUUUAGCCUGUGGUUUAAUUAAAGCUGGGUGGUUUCUGUUUUAGUGGCAGCAGGUUUUCUUUUGAGACUCAACAUAUUAGCACGGUAUUGUUAUUAGCUUGUUUGUCAACACUGCAGAGUUAAACUGUCUUGUAAAUUAGUCACAAAGGGACAAUUGCAGCUGUGAAACGUACACAAACUGGGCGUCAAUUCACACAUUCAACUCACAGGCUACUACCAAUCAUAGACUAAAAUAUGCAACCAAGUCACUUAAGGCACAGACUUUGUUUAAAAUCAUCAGAUAUUUAUCCACACACCUCAGCAUGCUUUCACAGGUGACUUUUUGGAGGUUCUGUCAAAGUUUGUCAUGGCAGUGAACAUUUAAAACUACACCAGUAAAUCUUUAUUUCAAAACCUCAAACAUCUACUGAAGAUCCGGUCAUUGGUGCUCAGGUGGGAAUGGCCAUCCCUCUCUGCUGUAGCCGUCAUUACUACCACUAAAUGUACUGUGCAAGUCUACGUGACGUCUGAUCUCUGUGUAGGCGGUUACCAAACCUAGCUGAACAUACAAACAACAUUGAGAAUAACACAAACAGUUUAUUGUCUGUCUGAAACACGUCGUUUUUGCGCUGCUUUUCCCCUGAUAUGAAGAUAGACGUUGCUUGAGGGUGUUACUUUUUACACAGCUUUGUUGGCAUGGAACAGUCAGUGUUUCCCCAUUCCAGUUAUUCGAAUUAAAUCGAAUCGAAUUAAAUCAAAUUAUUCACGUGAACGUGUCCUCCUCCCCAAAACUAGGGGGCGAUAUGGGUCUUUUCAGCUGCGCCAUUUCCGACCCCAUACAAAUGUCAACAACAACAGCAACCAGACGUCAGAAAUGGCUACAACUGUUGCUGGGCAUUUUUUAACAAGAGGAUGGAGCAUCGUACAGCGUUGUUUUUUUCGUACGCGCUACUUUUUCUGCAGAUGAGAUGCACGCUACUUCUCUUCCCUGGUGUUUUUGUUCCGGGGUUACGGGGGCGAGAACUCUGAUUAUAGCCGGACUAAGGUGUUUACAUGCACUUCAGUUGUCCGGUCUUAAUAGGAGUAUGGCAAUUAUUCAGUUUUCUCGAGUGUCAUGUAUUCAUACUGAGUGUUGUCAUGCCUUUACAGAAAACUUCUCAAGCUAGCCGUUGCUGCCUAUGCCCGUGAUACGCUUGCUUUUGUUACAUUAGCUGUAAUUUUAACUACAGUUUUUGGUAGAUGGAAGAUGUCCAGCUACCACUGGUGUUUGUUCACAAAGAGGUCAUCAGUGAAGUGGCGUUAAGAUGUGCCUAUAUUUGUCCUGAAAACAUAAAAACUCCCCACUGCUAGUAGCUGCAAUUUUCCGAAACCUGCUGAAUCAACAAAGUGUGAUCUUAAUGAAUGGCAGAGCCUGACGUUGACCUCAGGCCAAGUCUCGCAAAGUUCUCUGAAGGAAGCCAGAAAAUAUGAUCCAUGUUUUGAAACUUCGCAGAGACUCGACAUUGACAUUCAACACUGUAGUCUUGUGUAUGGAUUAAUGCUGUGUUCCAGUUGUACUCAGAAGUCGGAAAUUCAUCUGAAACGCCUCCCUGAUGUUGGAUUUCAGACUCAGAAAGUCGGACGAUCCUCGCCAACCCCGACUUGACGACGACAUCAUAAUUCAAGAUGGCGGCGCAGUGCAUCAACAGUAAAGAGUGACAGUGAAAGCUCUUGUUUAUUAGCACUUCUGUUUUGUUUUUGUGAAAUUAAAUAAGUGGCAUAUGUUGUACUGCCCAACGUCUAACUGUGAACACAGUGCUAUGGUGUUUGUAGAGUAAAAUACUGUGUUGUGCGUUGUGUACAACUGGUAUUGCUAACAACAGCUGACAAUGGCUAACGACAGCUGAUAAUUGUAAACAACAGCUAACAACGGCUAACUGUAAGCGUCCACCUUGGUUUUCCGACUUGUUAACUGGAUCGCCGUCAACUCGGGUGUAACGUCAUUCCCAGCUCCGACUUUCGAAGUAACUGGAAGGUAACAUUAGAUACAGAUCAGUAUAGGUAUCUGUAUUCAAAUCAACCUGAAACAAUUAUAUUCCCUCUCAUUUUUACGCCCCUGCUGCUUCUUAAGUUUCAUUAUAUUGGUGAUUUAUGCGGUAAAAACAUCCCUCUGAAUGAAGCUCUGUCUUGGAUGCGGUGUUAACUAACAGUCUCACUAUAAUCCAGUGAUGUAAGCCGUCAGCGCUCACGUCCAUUCCUGUUCUCUCUUUGAAUGAAUGACCACUUCAGGGACACUUACAGAGUGUCUGAGCAGCUCGAUUCAAAGGUUUCUGUCACACGCAUAGACCUCCUGUCAAUAACAACAAAGACCCGUCCUCUCUGGGCUACUUCAGAAAGCUUAAAACACACACACUUACACACACCAGCAGUUGGCUUUGAUGGUGCUCGGUACAGAGGGUCAGGUGGGAGGCUCAAUCGACUCUACCGCCCUCCUCCUCAUGAAAGGUUUCAGAAAGGUCUGGCGUUGGCACUCAGGUACUCGACCUUCCUAUGACUCUGUUUGAGGAUGGGUGGGAUGGCAUUUGAGCGCCCAUGGGUGGUGUCAAUAAAGUGAAUCUGUUGCCUCAGAUGGUGCCCUGAUGCCUGCACACAUAAAAGUCUGAGCUCAGAGACAACAGCACACUAUGAUGAAGUGUUUACUCUGCGUUGGGACAGAUAAAGAGAUUUGACGGCUCCUGUGUUGAAAGAACACAGAAGCUGCUGUUCGCGUCCUCAUGUGUAGAAAAGCACAUAAGACCCCAUCAGCUGCUGUUAAUCUGCUGCUUUGGUUAAAAGUAGUUAUCAGAGGUUUAAGAGUAGAAAGUUCAGCAGCUUGUUUUAACAAUGACCGCUGUGUUGGUGCUGUUUAAAUCCUCUUAUGUCCAGAGUGCUGUUAUUUCAUGAAAAAGAAAGAGGGCAUACACCGAGGAAUUCCACAAAGACGUCACAGGCUUCACACUUUACGUAACAUCCACUCUGUUCGAACCUGUGCUGCUCCUGUUUAAUAUCACCUUUAAAAGAUCAAGUGAUACUCUAUAUGAGAUCAAACUCUGGGAGUUUCCGAAGCGUCACAUAUUACCGUAGAAGUGGUCAGUGUUAAAAAAGGCAUUCACCUCAAACCUGCAAUCUUAACUCCUAUAAAUUUGAAUAAAAAAAUCCAAAAAACUGAUUUUAAAGUUUGUUUAAAUUUCACCAGUCUACACAUGAUUUAAAAAGGAUGAGGGCCGCUAACAAAAUACUAGGGUGAAUUCUAAUUUUUGACCCCAAUUUUUUCCCAUAAUUAAAAAAAAUUAAAGACAUAAUUUAGACUCAGAAUCAGAAAUACUUUAAUAAUCCCCAGGGGGAAAAUAGCUUUUCGUUACAGUAACUCCAGUGCAAAUAAAGUAGAAAGAGGAGAUACAUAAUGGAUAAAAUAAGUAAAAAUAAAGAGAUAGAUAAAUUAAGUAAAAUAUGUAAAAAUAAGAGAUAAUAUACAAGUAUUUACACUAAAUACAACACAAAAUAGUAAGAUAGUAUGCAUAUUUCUUUCUUUUUUCCCACAGAAUGCUGACUUAAAAAAUGUUAAUUUUCAGUAAAAAUCUGUGACUCUGAAUAAUGUCAGACUUCUGAAAUUUAAGUCAGAAUUUUGAGUUCUGGGUCUAACUUAUGACUCGAAAAAUGGAAAUGCUUUUUCUGGGUUAAAGUCAAAAUUCUUACUUCUUCUCAAAAUUCUGGAUUUUUUCUUAAACUCUGACCUUAAACUCAGAAUCAGACUCAAAAUUUAAAGUCAGAAUUCUGAUGUGAGAGGUCAGAGUAAUAAAUCUUCAUUUUUAGUUACCUUUAUCCUCAUACAUGGGUUAAUCAAUGCUUUCAGAAAGCUGCUGGUCUCAUGGAGCAGGUGGAUUUUACAGUCGGUCACUAUGUUGGUCUGUGUUGGCUGGAUACGCUGGUGUUUUGGACCGCUCCCUUCUCUCUGUCGUGAUUACUCUCUUGGUUGUCUCACGAUGCCAUAGGUCAUUAUUUUGGUAUCCAUACCCAUGAGGGAGCCAUUAAGCGUAACGGCCAAGUUGGAAUCAGUUCUGAUCUGGAACCAGUUUCACUCGCCAUUCCUACUUCGUGCAGCUGUAGCUAUGGCAUGGCGUUGACACAGAAACAGAAACCAGAAACCACACUUCACAGCCAACCUUUAGUGGACACUCCAGGAAUUGCAGUUUUUUGGACUUCUGGAUUGGCUUUUUACUUUCUUCAUCAAACUCUCUUUGAGCCUCACUUCUGAGUAGUAUGGGCAGCAAAGAUGAAUCAAUAUAAAUCAACAUCAUCAAGCCUUAAAGUAUUUUUGAGGUUCACCUACAUAAAAACGAAAGAAUGACGCUCUCUCCUCCCACUCUGCGCACUGUAAGCUUGUUAUUUGCUCUGUGAAACUUGGGCUGAGUGGGUAUGAUCUCCCUAGAGAAGAAAGGCCUAAAGCUUUAUGGCACAGCUUUCUGGCAGGGAGUCUGGAAGGCAAACUUCUCCUGUUGCCAUUCUUAGCUUGUUUGUUUUUCCAGUACAAAAUUAUGGUAGAGGUAGAGAGACAGAGGAGGACAUUCACAGAAGAGAAACGGUGGCUGCAUUAGACAUCUGAAACUGGAUUUGAAAUGGUUUCAGUUUUGAGAUUAGGGCUUUUAUAGUUUUUAUGUUUAUACCUGAAGAGUGUUUUUAAUAUUUUAGCAUGUUGGUUGCAUCCAUGUUAGAGAUGAAGAAUGGUGGAGGUUUGUUUUCUGAGAAGACACUGACAAACAGUGGGGAAAGUGUUUGCGGACAGAAUUUUUUGAAAGGGAAUAGGAGUGCCUGGGUAUUGGUUUUAAUUGAUUUUCCAUUACCGGAAAACUAAUCAAUUAUUUACUGACUAAAACAAAUUAAUCUCACACUCACUGAAGUAAAAGUUGAUCCUACCAUAAUGGCGUUUCCAACUAUUUUCUUGGGAUGGCCCGAUCCAAUGUUGAUAUUGGAUAUUAGUCUGAUAUCUGCAAAAAACGAAUAUCAGAAUAUAUCGGCCUGCAUCUAAAAACUCUUAUAUCAGCACUCUGAUACAAGCAGUCCAUUCCAGACUCUGCUUCAGCACCUCUAUCUAGCAUCACCCGGACCCGGAUGUAGAGCCCACGUGACCACAACAACAGUGUGUACUAAAGGUACUAACAAAGUAGCAAGGGGUAGGAGUGAUGUCUGCCAUGUGGCAGCAACAACAUGCAAUCUGAUUGGUCAGAAGUGGACACACAGUAUGCGAAACUUUAGAAAAAUCAACUGCGAUCCGAAAAAAUAAAUGCCGCAAUAUCGCAGGACGGGAAAACAUCGCUGAUGUGAACGCUUGUAUUGACAGGAUACGGGUUCGAAAAAAAAAUUGACAUCCGAAAUUCUCGCACGACAAAAAUGGUCCCGGUGUGAAAGGACCUUAAGUCCGAAAAAGACAUUGCAGCUGAGUGCAAAACUUGUCUUGCACAAUUUAGUGCCAAUAUCAGAUCAAUAUCUGUAUUGGCCAGUACUAAAAGCUACAAUAUCGGUUUCAUAUUGGAAGUAAAAAGGUUGUAUCAGGACACCCCGACUAUUUUCUCCAAAGAGAGGAGACACACCAGUGAAACUAAACCGUGUCCACACUGUAACUGUGUGACAGGUUACCGCCUAAACACCACCUCCUGUUUGUGUUUUUGAGUGUGGCUAAAUCAAAAGUCAUCCUCUAACCGAAGUGUUUUUAUGUUAUCCACAUUAAUUACAUCAUACACACAUGCGUGUUGUAAUCCAAUCCUAAUCUUUGACGUAGAGAAGUGUGUCUCAACAUUACAUCUGCUAUUAUUUUACAAUGUUAAGCACGUGCUCUCGACGCCUUUUCUGGUUGUACAAGAUGAUGUAAACUUUGCUGAAAGACACAAUAAGUAGAUUGUGGAUGGAAUAAACUACAAGAGCUCUGUGGUUUAUGGUCAAGAUAAGAGUGUCUGUCUAUCACCUUUGAAAUAAACAGAAACAAACCUAAAAACUGACCUGGGAAAUAUUCAACUAUAAAACCACUUUGCAUGUCUUUAUUAAACCACAUGAUCAUGGUUUCUGAUAACUUCUGUUCAGUUCAUCAUCAAAUUUCUUUAUUCUGCCCGCUUUCUAAUUUUAAUCUAGAGCAGUCGUGUUCUGUGUUUGUCUCAGUUUUUCACCGGCGAAGCUUCAAAUGAAAAAUAAAACCGCCCAGAGACAGGAAGUGUGGUUACAUCGUCGUAACUUAAGCUCCGGAAGUUUUACUCCCACUGGCUCUGCAUGAAGGCAACAGCUUCACGGGUUCAGUCUGCACAGGGGGCUGCAGCUCUGCAGGAUUUACGUUUGAAUCUGUGCUUUAGUGGAGGUUAGUGUGGGUGAGAAGUACAAAUUAUGCACAAUAAUGUUGAUGUUUAUAUGCAGUUGAAGACAUGAAUGCAAUUGAAAAGGAAUUAUUAGGGGUAAUGACAUGUAAUGGAAUAAAAUUACACGAUACAACAUGAUUUUUUAAACAGGGAAGAAAUGAUACUGCACUGUUUCAUACAAUAUUGUGUGGUAUAGUAUAAUUGUCAUAUUGUGUCGUAUCUUAUUGCAUUAUAUCAUUGCAGUGUUUUAUUUUAUUGGUUUCAAAUUAUAUCAUAUGGUAUGGCAUUGUAUCGUGCCUGUUAUAUUGUGUUUUAUUUCAGCAUAUCACAUUUUAUCAUGCUUGUAGCAACUGAUUUCCUGCAACAACAAAAAAGCCGCUGGGGUUUAGGUUUGUUUGCGUCUGUGACCCGUUUGAAUGAUCAGUCCAGUUUGCGUGUUUAAAAAUGAUUUAUUGUUCAAAAAAGAGGAAAAACACGCUGAUCCAGGUCCAAAUCCUUUGCCUUCAAAUGAAAAAAGUGAUACGCUGAAAUGAGGUUAAAACAGGAUGAAUGUAACGAUGAAAAACGAUGAAAAACAAUGAAAAACAGAAAAUUUAGUUUACCACACCCCCUUGUCUGACAACACCAGUGAGAUUUAAACAACCCGCCCAACAUCCGAAAAACCACACCCCUCAGUGACGAUCCCCGGAAGUGACGUACCUUUAAAUCAUGUGCUGAGCAAAUAUAUUUUGGCUCUAACAAUGCUGUAUUCUACUCUAUUGUUCAGCAUAAUAUUUGAAUUUGUAUUAAAUAAGUCAUGAUCAGUUUUUUUAAUCGUAUUUUUUUAACAGUGAAGAAAAUGCAUGAAGCAGAAUCUUAAUUUAACACUCUUGCAUAUUCUCAUAAUCUGUAAUACCUCAUCUGAGCAGUUACAUAAGUCAGUUAACCACAAUAAAAGGACGACACUGUUGACUUUGAGCCAUAAACAGAAAAGAUGAUUUUAGUAAAUAAACAUGUGUGAAGUAAACACCUCAUAGAUUUUUUUCAUUUGGAACUUGAGAACAACAUUUCUGUUUCUUGAACUUUUUACCUUUUUGGAUUUUUAGUUAACUCUCACUUCUGUGAGCGGAGUGGAUACAGGCGUUGUGAGAGUUCAUCUGCUACAGGAACACUGCGCCCACGUUGGUGUUUUUCUUCUUUGUGAUUGUAAUUUGUUGGAGUAUCUCUGAAUGUUCUGUACGCAUAAAUCCUGCACAACCUACAGGUUACUUAUAUAAUGUAAAUCAUGUUAAAGACGGCGUAGUUUUUUAUUCAUACAGAUGAAUUUAAACAGGAUUAUGCAAUCAGGGACCACCUACAGUCAGACUGCAGCCGCCCCCUGCUGCCUGUGUGUUUGCACAGCAAUAUUUCCUCAAGUAUAAUGCAACGUUAUGACAUCAUGAUUGGUAUGUCAACAUCAGGAUGCAAAAGACACGAGUCUUGGGUUUAUGGCGCAGAAGAAUGAAUGUUGUGGCUGUUCUGGUGGUUAUUUUAAAUCAAUUUAAACAGGAUUAUGCAAAUAACGAUCUCCCACGACUGGCUGUGGGAGGUCUGUUUUCAUGGUGUUUAUAUAAAAUAUUGAUCAGUGCAGCUUUAACCUACAGAGCAGUACAAUUAUAUAUGCACCAGUACUGACCUGUAGACUACCUAAAACUGAAAUAAAGCACAUAGAAAACAAACGCUCUUCUUUUAAAUUGCUAUUUUUGGUUAUUUGAGAUCCAAACUUUAUUAUAUCUAAAACUUAAUCCUUCAGUUUUUGGAUUUUAGAUGCUUAAUGUUGCACCAGAGCUCACACAGCUGAUCCACCAGCUGUACUUUUUAUGCGUCUAUGUCUGUCUGAUCACAAGACCCCGCUGACUCAGGGUCAGCUGAGUUUACAGUAAAGAAGGUGACUUCUGCCUGCUUCCCAUAAUGACGCCAACAAGUACGGUGGACUGCGGCCGUGAUCUGCGUUUAGUAUUUCAGCUCUAUUAAUAGUCUCCUCCUCCUGGCCUCCUCUCCAACACUGUGAGUGACACACACUCACAUACACAAACGCACAGAAAAUCACACACACAGCUCCUCAGCUGGACUCAAAUAUCAUAUCGACCGUCACCAAGUUCAAGACCGAGCCGCAAAAACUGCUGCAGUGAAGGCAGCAGGAGUGCAGUUAUUUAUCACACUUGGUGAUAAACGGUCGGUGUGAGUUUUGAGAAAUGAUUGUUUUUUUUUAUGGAGGUGCUGAAAGGCUCUGCCAAACGUGACAGCUGGUGUUUACAAGUCCUGAAGGUAUGAGUGGUUUCAUUUGUGUUGCAUUUAGGUUCAGAGUGUUUUUAUUUACUUGCUUUGGGACGUUUUUUUUCUCUUUAAACAAAGCGCCUCUAGUAUUUUGCCAAAUUGAUGCUUCUGAAAAAGGUUGUUUUGAAGAGGAGGCUCUAAAGUUGUAAGUUUGCAGGAGAAAAUAAAGACUUUUGUGGUUAAGUUGUCAAAAGUGAUGAAACACCUCUUGCUCUCCGUCUCUGUCUCUUCCUUUCAGGUUGUUUAAAACGUCAGGGGCGGAAAAUAUCAACACCUCCUCCUCCUCCACCUCCUCCUCCCCCACUGCUUUGCCAGCCUCUUUUUCCUCUGGAGGAAAAGGGCCAGUCGUGGUUUGCUGCAGAGGAGGAAAGGUGGCUGACACUGAAGCACUGCUGAAAAUCUGACUCAAAUCAGAAGACACUAUUGAAGGGUUUCCCUGGAGGCUUUUGUUGGAUAUUUGCGCUGAAUUCAGGGUGAAAAAUCUGCAGUCAUGUCGCCUUUUCUACGGAUCGGAUUCUCCAAGUUUGAGAUGGACCCUGGUUUGGCGUACCAUGAGGAGGUGCUGAACCCGUACUGUGCAGUUUACAUGAAGGAGGCCAUUGACACAGGUGAGUCACUGUUUGUGUCGUUAAUGAAAAAAGAUGCACCAAGUUUUUUAAACUCUUAUUGAGUGUUCUGUCCAACUUUGCAAAACCCAGAUUUAAACCAUUUAUUGGUAAUAAACAGAAAAGUAAUAAAUACAAACUGUUUUUGCUUGAUAAGUGAGUAAAUGAUUAAUCAGUUAUUAGAGUUGUUGUUAAUCAACUAACGGGUCAGAGAGGGUUGUUUGACCCAUCGCCAGUCCUCCAAUCUAAGUCUGAGCUUUUACCAUCAGGUGGACGAUGUAGAGUCGUGUUCCUGCGAGUCCAUUUGGGUCUAAAUUUAAAGUAAUAGUUCUUGAGACGGUAAAGCUUGUGUGAUCAUGAAAUAGUGUUCUUAUCUUGCCUUUAACUCUAUUAAUGCUGGGUUUUUUUUGCAAAAUUAUGAUAGUGUGCAAUGCACUGCACGUUAUUUGUGUUUGUGUUUGCAUGUUGAUUGUUGUUAGUUUUUUUUUUUUUUAUUGCUUUUAAGUCCAAAUCAAAUUAACUCCAAGGAAACAGGGAAGCGCAUCGUAUCGUAGCACAUGUUAGACAUCAUCGCGUAUUGCAUCAUAGUAUAUUAGUCACACUGCAUGAAAUUGUAUCAUAUAAUGACUGUUAAAGUAUUACGACCAAUAUCAACAGAGUUCAACAAAAUAUUGAGCAACUUUUUAUCAUUUUUGUGGGUGAAACUGCGUGUGCCGUUAACCCGAUAAUCAAACUAAUAGAGACUAUUUGGACAAGUGUGAUUUGGUAUGGAUCCAAUUUAAGACAUUUCAUAAUUCACUCUUUUAUUAAUCAACAAUUGAAUACAAAUACAAAAAAAGAAGCCAAUAGUGAAAAUGAAUGUUUUUCUAUUGUGAAAAUAAUGUCACAAAGGGUGUGAUACAAUUCUGUCCAGUCCAAGACAAAUUUCCCUCAGGUCACAAUAAAGUAUAUCGUACCAUAUUUUAUCAUACCGUACCGUAUCGUAUCGUAUCGUACCGUAUCGUAUUGUAUUGUACUGUACUGUACCAUAUCAUAUGGUAUCAUAUCAUAUUGCAUUGUGUUGUAUUGUACCAUAUCGUAUCAUAUUGUAUCAUAACUUAUCAUACCCUACCUGUUGUAUUAUAUCUAUUAUAUCUAUUGUAAAUAAUACCAAACCCUUCUGUAUGAUAUCACACUGUGUGGACUUGUAUGGCUUGUAUUUUAUAGCAUCACAUUGCGUCUUAUAGUAUUUUAUUAUACUGUAUCACAUUGCACUAUAUUGCAUUGCGACAUAUCAGACUGUAUUGAGUAAUAUCAUCAUGUCGUAUCGUAUCACUCUCUAUUGCAUUAAAUACCCAGGAGUCAUAUUAGAUGGUGUCAUACUAUAGUAGCUCACACAUACUGCAUGGAAAAGUUGAACUGGUGUUAUAUAGGAAACAUCUGACAAUAAGAAUCCAUGUUUAAAAAACAAUAAUCUUUUUUUUCUGAUGGAUCGAUUUCAUUAUUGUAGAAAUAUGUUCCUAUAAUGUUAAAGUUCAAGUUUAGUCUUUUUGCAAACUAAAUUUCCAGAUGUUCAUAGGGCUGAUUUCUUCACUUUUCAUAAGGGUAAAUGUUUGUUAGUCCUGUUCACUUAAAAAAAUAUAAACUUCUUACGCCUCAGUUUGACAUUUUCCAGCUUUCUUUGAUCAACUAGUGACAGAAAAUAAUGAUUCAACAUUAAUACCAGUUCCCUUUGUUAGCAUCAUGAGGUAUUUUAAAGAGCAAUGACUCGUCUUUAAAAAAAAAAAAAACAACUCCUCUGCCUCCCAGGAAGUGAUGCACUUUGUGUUGAGAAAAGCAACAACAAGUGGGUGUUUGGGAUAAAAAUAGAUGUGUAGACGUGAAGUCUUUAUUUUCUUUAAGUUGUUGAAAAGAAGUGCGAAAUGAUGGCAAUAGAAGAAGUAAACAGGGGUGUUGUAGAUUACUGUUUCUGAAUAUCAGUCAGAGGAUUUUCUUUUUUCACGUUUAGUUUAAAUAACGUCAGUAAUUAUUAUGACACUCUUUGAAGUCUAUACACAAAGACUGAAACUCUGUAAGAGAAUAUGAGGUAUAGGAUGGCAGGCUGCUUAUAGUGGGUUAAAGAUAGCCCAGUGUGUGAGUUGAUUCAUAUGAAAUAAUUCUUUGCUCUUGGAGAUCUAUAUUAGGCUUAUUGGUCAUCAUUCAUUGUCACUACUAAAGGAAACUUUUCCCACGAUAAGAGACUCAGAGCAGAUAUCUUACUUCUGCAUCUGUCUGUCUCUAACUGCAGCGAAAUAUGAGGGCAGGACCGAGCUAAAAACAGAGCGCCACAGAGGAGAAAGAGGAGAGUUUCUGAUGUUUCUUUUCCUCUAAAAACCACAAAACUGGCUCUUCGAGGCUGCACAGAGAGGCUCCUUUAUAUGUUGGUGCGUGUGUGUUUCCUUUACACAAGGCUGACUCACAGGGGACAAGGUCCUUCAGUUUUAUUUCACUUUUAUGUUUCUCAAGCAUGAAAUAGCACCAAGUUAAGAAUGAACACAUGGGAAGCUAGCUAUUGUUCAUUGAUGAAAAACUAAAUUGCCAAGAUUAGUUAAGAUCAGGUUAAAAGUUUAUUUAAACUAAGUCAGAUAAAGAAUAAAAGUUUCAUCUCAGCAUCUGCGGUUGAAAAUGUUUCACUUUUAAGAGGUUUCAGUGUUUGACGCUCAUGCUGCACACUGGCAUCAUGCUGAGUUUUCGUAAUAAAACUGAUGAUAUAAAAACUCUCUCCCAAAAGAGAGACGGUUCCCAUCAGGCUCUGGUUUAUCCUCAAUUAAAAGUGAUGGAAAGCUUCAAUAAACAGCUUCCCCUUUGCAGUCCUCUUCUGAGUUUUAAGCCCCUUUAAGUGUUUUUUUUCUCUUGCUGUUUCAACCAAAAACUGUUUACUGAACUGCAGCAGUCGAGGCCCCACGACAUUUCGCUGUUGUGGUUUUGUUUUUAGAUACAAAAAGCCAUUAAUAUCAUCAGUAUACCAAAAAACAUAGCAGUAAAAAACCACCAGUUUGAUUUAGAAUCAGCCUAUAUUCAGUGGUGCUCUCCUCUAUAGUUCUCACUGUAGAUUCUGUAAGAAAAGGACGUCACCCAUUGGUUUCUUAACAGAGAUUUUGAAGCCCAAAGGUGGAGGUGGAGGUCGUCAUCAAUGUAACUUUUGGUCGACCCAGUCAUAGGCGAAGAGGUGGAGCUGAGGCGAGCCUUACAGGUGUAGCAUGUACUAUAAAGCAGCGUUUAUCAGAAUGGACUUGGUCGUACUAACAUUUAAUACUCAUAAGUAUACUUGAAUGAGUGUAAAAUCUCUUCAAUAUAAAACUUAACAUGAGCCUUUUAUAUUUACAAAAGAGCAGGUUCCUCUCUAGGUCCUAAUAGUGCACCACUGUUUCUACAGUAGCACAGAAUGGACAAACUUGUAUCACACGCAUUUUGUAGAUACUUAGUGGCUGUACAUACUGUACUUAUGAAAACUCACAUUAAUGGAUAUUUUUGGUGGUUAAAACUUUAAAAACGGAGGAUCUUACUCCUUGAAAGGCAGCUACCAUUACACCGCCAGGACCUUUGAGCAAAGGGGCGUUUCAAUCAAGAAUCUGACCUGUAUAUCAUUGAACAUUUCCAUUUCUACAAACUGCAUCUUAAAGCCACUUGGCAGCUGGAGCUCUUGAGGAACAGCAGUUUUUUACUCUGCCACUUUGGCUUCAUUUCUUCAGACUUCCCACUGAGCAUUUUUUGGUCUAAAAGAAAUCUAAUAGACGUCUAGACAACUGGUCUAAAAUAAGGCUACCACAGGUCUAAAAAUGCAAGAUUUCUUCUACGUCUAAAUUUAGACCAGUCUAAAUCUUUAGUCUAAAGAUUUAGUCCAAAUCUAAAUCUGGGCUAUAUCUAUACUACACUGUAUAUUGCUCAACAGCUAUCAGAGUUUUUUUGGCAACUCACAGUUGCUUUUUGAAAUAAAUAGUUAUCAAGUAAUGGAUUAAAGUGCAACAUUUAAAUUACGUCUAAAGUUUCACAGUAUGCGAAACUUUAGAAAAUUCAACCAUGAUAAGAAAAAAUUAAUGCCGCAAUAUCGCAGGACGGGAAAACGUCGCUGAUUUGAACACUUGUAUUGACAUGAUACAGGUUCAAAAAAAUAUAUUGACGUCUAAAAUAAUGCACCCAAACUUGCAAGGUUUGGGUGGAAACAAGCCGAGGUGAUAAAUGACAUCUCAUUAUUUGGUGCAGUUUGGCAGUAUUUGAUCUAGAAAAGCAGAAAAGUUAUAUUUAUACAUACAUGCUGCGUGUGGUUGACUCGACCAAAGCAGUGCGCAGCCUACACAAGCCUGUGGACAUUAACCUGUGUGGACUGUAAGCUGGUGGUGGUGGUGCAGGUAUUGCUAACAGGCCACGCUUCACAAACUAAUGUGACCCCAUUUUAAGCUAUGUUGAAUAAAUUGUGCUCUAUUUAGACUGUUUUUCUGUUUUUUUUACUAUUAUACUGGGUGUUUGGAAUUUAAUUUUAGAUCAAAACAAACAGGAAAUAAGCUGAUUUUGAGCCCCCAAUUGCAAUAAAUGUCAAUGUCUGCAGAGUUUUCUUUAACAGGAGAACAAAAUGUUGAUACCAUAUUGGGUAACUAUUUGUUUUUGCACAAAUAUCAAUCAGCCUGUCUUGAUUUUUGCCCAGACGGUGAAGCAGUUUGUCCAGAAAAAACAACAAACAUGCAGACUGAGUGUUACAGCCAAAGAUAUAAGUCUUUCAGAAUUGGUCGCCAUAUUUUGUCAGUUGUCCUGAACGGUUCAGUCAGUCUAGACCAUGUGGUUUUAUAACAAAAAUGACUCAAAUACUGGUUUACGUUUGAUUCACUGAUGGUAAUUUUCACCAGUGGAUUAAAACACUUGUGGUGCAACAGAGAGGUGUGAGUGAACUCGGUCAGAGGGAACUACAGUGUCUACUCAUGCUAUGUGACUGGAACAGUUAGACUGACUGAUGUGUGUUUAAUAGUUUCUAGACAAAAGUGGAAGUAAAUGGGUGGUAAGGCUUUGGAUUGAUUGAACAGGAACUUUUCUUGGAUUAAUCAUUAAUUAAAGGUGAUUUCUGUCUAAUUCUGCCCUGUAGCUGUGCAUGCUUUCACCAGCUGUCUGAAUUUGCUCAUGUAACUGAAUCUAAGCCAUUUCCUUUUUUUCAAAGCUGCAUGUGUUGAUGGAAAAUCUUGUUUGACAGCUUGUACCUGCAUUCAAACAUCGGCCCAUUCUUGGUUAACUUCCACUUUUUUUUUUAAGCCUAUUCAAACAGAGCAAACCUGCUGAGUCAAGGCUCCAAAUGUUUCUAAUAGACUUUCAUUAGUAAGGGAUUUGGUGCUUUGUUUAGUGUGGAUUUAGUAUUUAGGAUUAGCUCCAUGCUGUGGGGUUGUUUGAAAAUCUUCUUGUAUGAAAGAAAAAUUAAUAACUUUGAGUUUAAGGACUCAAAUUAAAGGUUUCAUUUAACAAGUUUUUCAAACUCAGUCAAAGCGGUAGAGGCGUGAAAGCACACCUGAGUCAAAAUGCCACCUCUGUGUUUUUCAUAGAACUACACAGGAACUGCCUGGGUCCCUGCUGACACAAAAACAUGUCGCCUCUCUCUUUCUGCAUAACGCCACAGUCAGAUUUCUUUGAAAACACAGUCUGUGCAGAUUCUGGAGAAAAACAGACUUAGUAUUUUCCUCUCUGGGUUGCAGUAAGAGCAGCUGCCAUGAGCCGGUGAUGAUGGGAGUAAAAAGCUUAAGGGGUUUUAUUGUUGAAGCAGCAGGAUGGCAUGUGGCUGUUAUGUAAGUAGACAUUUAGGAUGUUAGUACAGAGGGACAUCAGCAGAUGUCAAUUAUGAAGGCCAGGAGAGAGGGUUUAUUUUAUUUUUUAGCCAUGUAAUGCGAUGGAAAUCCCUCACUACUGAGUCAAAUAUCAUACAGGUCUGCCUCACAGGAGCUUAAUGCUCUGCGUAUAAAAUAAAAACACAAGGAACCUGAUCCCAAUAAGUGUUUAAAGUCACAACACUGUAAACAUUUGCACAUAACAUCAGAUGAGCAUAUUUUUAUGUUUAUGGUUGAAGGAUUUAAGCUUCAAAUAACGGCUCAGGGCUGUAACAGAGCAGUUAAUCCUCUGAGGGUGAAACCAUACAACAUGCUUUACAUUCAUCCUGUUUUCUCUAAACUCAGGGCGCUACUUUUCAACAACAGAAAUCCUCACCACCUUCAGGAUAUAUUGAUUAAAAAUUGGUUUAAAGAUUGUGGAUGCAGACUUUUGUUGAGGCUGCUUUUCAUGUAUCCGUCACAAACCACAACAUAUGUGAAUUGAGACUGUGAUUGCAAACUUAUGAAAGUAAGAGUUCCCCUGAGGUAUUAAAAGUAGGCCAAAAAUGCCGAUGAAUGGUUAAACAAAUUUUGACCUUCGGCCCAUGAAAUGCUCCUGGUCGGGCAUGCCUGUCUUAAAGGGUCUGCACUGCACGUUUCGCUGACUCACAGGGUUCAAAUGUGUUUCAGUAACAGUCAAAGUGAAAGUACUUAAAGCAGCUUUGGUUUCAUCUUCUUUUUUUGUCUGUCACUGUGAAAAUUGAAGUAAAACCUUGAAACUUCAGGUCUCUCUUUUUUUUUCUCCUGUUGCUUUUUUGUUUUAUUUUUCAGAAAAAGGUCAGGUGUACAAGCAGAAGAAGCCCACCAUGUAUCCUCCGUGGAGCACCACCUUUGACGCCCAUGUCCACCGCGGCCGCAUCAUGCAUGUGAUGGUGAAAGACCGGACAGCAGAGCUGAAAUCUGAGGUCACGGUGGCUCUGGACUCACUUGCAACACGAUGCAAGAAAGAAAACGGCAAGCUGGAGAUCUGGGUGAGUGUUAAAAGACUAUUGUGUGUCUGUGUGUGUGCGUGUGUUUGUUUUCCUCUCUGUCAUUGUGUUUUGUUUUUGUACCUUCUGGCCAGCUGUUGGACUGUUUGAGCAAAAAUCCAGAUGGGCUGUCUCACUUUAAGGUCAAAAUAUCAAAUGUUUUAAUCCGUAAUCCGCCUUUUAGUCAUAUAAAACAAACAACUUACUGUGUCCAUUUGUGGUGCGAAUGGUGUAAAAAGAACUGACUGGUGGUGUAAGGCUGGAAAAAGCAUCGCUUUUGCAGUCAGCAUCAUUGAUCGCUGCUUUUAUCGAGUUAUGUUUGAGCCACACCUUCUACGAAAUUUUGAGUUUUCCUGGACUUGAAGCUAAAAAGUGUCUCAUUGUUCAGUCGAAGCUGAUUCAAGUCAGAUUUUGUUGAACAAUACAGAAAUUUUAACAUCUUCACAAAAGAUCCAAAAUGACAAGAUAUGAUACCCUACCAUACAGUUAUAUGACAAACUAUAUUGACCUCAUAGGGACUUUUACUCUAAGUUAAUUUAUAAUAAAUGUAGCACAGUAAGGUUGAGUUUAUUGUCCUUUUUCGCCUUGAGCUAAUCUAAUAGCUGAUUUGACUUGAUACAGUUUGAUACAACAAGUUACAAUCUGAUACAACAUGCUAUUCCACAAUACAUAAUGAUACGAUACAAUACGAUGGGAUGCGAUAUGAUAUGAUAUGAUAUGAUAUGAUACAAUAUGAUAUGAUAUGAUAUACGAAAUGAUACGAUACAAUACAAAACAAUAUGAUAUGAUACGAUGCAAAACAACAUGAUACAAAAUGAAAUUAAGCAAUGAUAUAUGAUAUGAUAUGAGAUGAUACAAUACGAUAUGAUACAAUAUGAAUACAAAGUGAUGCGAUGCAAUUUGAUAUGAUAUUAUAGGAUUUGAUAUGAUACCAUACCACACGAAACAAUACAAUAUGAUAUGGUACGAUACAAAACGAUACGAUAUGAAACAAAACAAAGCGAUGGAAUGUGAUAUGAUAUGAGAUGAUACGAUACAAUACAAUACAAUACAAUACGAAACAAAUUGAUGUGAUGCAAUAUAAUAUGAUAUGAUAUGACACAACAUGAUACGAUACGAUAUGAUUUGAUCCGAUACAAUACAAUACGAAACAAUAUGAUAUGAUACGAAAUGAUAUGAAAUAAGGGGAUGUGAUAUGAUAUGAUAUGAUAUGAUAUGAUACGGUGCAAUACACCUUAUUUUGUUCUUUUGGUUUUUAGGCUGUGGAAGCCAUUCCCUGCACUCGCUCAUUUCUCAGUUCUUCCUCUAUUUAUUAGAGGCCCAUGAGAUCACUCUUCCUGCAGACGAGUUUUUAUUUUCCCUGGAAAGAUUUUAGGUGACACCAGAGGCUCAAUGCCCGCAGUCUCUUAAAGUCAACACGAAAUCGAAUAAACAAAUACAGUGAAGCGGUAAAUUAAAUCAAAUAUAUUCUGGCAGGAAGAUUUCCCUCACAGUCUGUUCCUCUGUUUGCGUGUUUGUAUGUGCCUGACAGUCUGUCACAGGAAAGCCAAACAUUAUUACAUCAAACUGUGUUAACAUCAUCGCAUCCACAUAAUUAUCCUUCAGUUUUCUCUGUGAUUUCUCUCUGUUGUUUCUUAUUCAAGACAAACCUAACAGCUCUUAAAUAAACCAAAAGGCUUGUAUACUAUAUUUUUAAGUUGUGUUUUUAUGCUGUUUUAUUCUGCUUUAGGAGUAUUAACACCUGAAUUUGUUUUCUAGCUGGAGUUGAAGCCACAGGGCCGCCUGCUGAUGGAGGCUAGGUACUACCUGGAGAAAAGCGGUGAGUGAAAGAAAGAUUUCUUCUUUAUGGUCUUGGUUGCUUCAAAGAAACAGUCCUAGAGUUUAUAAAAAGAGAUGGUUUUUGAUUUGAGGAUGGGCUGGGGGAUUAAAAGCUGUAAAACACUGCUUAAAUAUAGUGAAUGACAUCAUAAAAUACAAGCCAUCAUCUAAAUUGUCCGUGUAGUCCCCCAAAAGCUGGUAUCACGUCAACCCUCUUGUGUUCACAAAGCCGUAAUCUUCAAAGCAUGAUUACAUUUUCUCUAAAUAAAAAUAGCAUUCCUGCAGAGCGCUCGUUCGAAAGAUGCUCCUUCGCUCUUCCGCUGCUGCUUUCCUGACAUUUACACCACGCCAAGGCCCGAGGAGUCACAGAGGAAGACGACUCACGUUUCUAUAAAUAGAUGCGGCUAAUAGGAAAUUACUGCUCAGAGCAACAGGUGUCACAGAGAGCAGUGCUAAGAGACCGUUUGAACAGGGGAACCCCUUCCUGUGUUUUAUAUAAAAACACACUCAACAGUUAAUACGCUAGUUAUUUAUUGACUCACUUCUUGGAAACAGAAGUUGCCAGAACACCAAACAGAGUCCAGAGCCUAAAAAUAAACUCACAACCUGCUUUUUUUUUACUUUGCUUUCUUAUAUAUGUGGUUUAGGUAACGUAUAAGUACAGCUGUUCCCUCAUGCCUUUUUUCUUUGUGCUAAACUCAGCAAAUCUCAUCCUAACUCUGACUUAACGUGCAGAUUUAAGAUUAUCGAUCUAUAAGUUGCAUAAGCUGCUCAAAUCAAAGUACCGACAAAGAGUGAAAAGUAAGAGUUUGUACUUUAAAUGACGCAACAACAGCUGCUGAGUCAUGAAAUAGGUUUAAGCUGCGCGAGUUGUGUUUGCAUGAUGUAUGUAAACAACGGCAAACAACAAUUUCAAUGAAUAAUAGUAAAAGAGGUUUGAUUUUGUUGUUGUAGCCUUGGUGGAGGUGGUGGUGGUGGGGGUCUUUAAACACGACCAAUUACAUGCAAAAAAGGUUGCUAAAAUGACCUCAACAUGAAAACUCCUUACAGUGCCUUUAAGUAGCUUCAUAAUGAUGCUUUCAUGAUCAUGUUUUCAUGUAGAAAGAGUGAAUUAUGAGUCCUGGUUUUCAUAUAUUCUUUUUUUUUUUAAAAAAGAGAAAAAUCCAGAGAUGAGUUUCGGGUGAUAUCAUCCACCUGUACACCACACUAUGCAAGAACAAAUUUUCAUUGCAUCACGCAGAAAAGCCACAGAGCUGUUGAGAGAUAACUGACAGGAUAUCAAACCUCUAACGAGGAAUCGCACAAGUUUUCAAAGAAAUGGUGAGAUCAUGCAUCCUUCUGCGAUCAUGUUAUCAGUGUAAACCAGCUCUUGCAGACUUCAGCAAAUAAACAUUAUGUUACUCAACAUAACAGUCUCACCAAAGUCCAAAGCUGCUUCUUCUCAUAAUAGGAAUUUUACAAAAAGCAGGAUGAAAAUAAUAAAUUUCUUCAGUCGAGAUGAGACUAAGAUUAGACAGAAGUAACACUUUUAAAACGACAAUAAGGUGAGAAUUAAAACCUGAGUGUGAAAACUGCUUGGCACUCAACAGCGUCCAUGUGAGCUGAGACAAUCACCAAUAUGCUUCCCUUUAUAUAUAUAGAUGUAUUUCAUAAAUGCUGUGUGGUGUGUUUCAGACGCUGCAGGCCAGACAGAAGGUGACCCCGAGUCUGAGCGGGAGAGAGAAGGCCUGUUCGCCCUCCAUCAGCGGCGAGGAGCCAUCAAACAGGCCAAAGUUCAUGUCGUCAAAUGUCAUGAGUUCAGUGCCACGUUUUUCCCUCAACCGACCUUCUGCUCUGUCUGCAAAGAGUUUGUCUGGUAUGCAAAAAAGAGAUAAGACAAGAAAUUAUCAUAUUCUCCAUUAUCUCGAUUAUCUGAGUCAUUUUAACCUGUUUUUACCACCACAGGGGUCUCAACAAGCAAGGCUACCAGUGCAGACGUGAGUGUCAGAUUAUUUCCACUGAUGUGGAUGGAAAAACUUCAACUCAUGACAUGUUUUUUUCCUUUUCCUGUGUGUCUAACUGUGGCAUCAUGUGUGUCUUUCAGAGUGCAACGCAGCUAUUCACAAGAAAUGCAUAGACAAAGUCAUCGCCAAGUGCACGGGUUCAGCCAUUAACAGCAAAGAAACAAUGGUGAGGGUUUUUUUUUUGUUUUGUUUCAGACACUCUUUGCCCCGCAUGAAUCACCUCUCUCUUUUUAAUGUGCAUGUCCCUGUUAGAGCAUGAAUGAAAGGCCUGUAAAGUUGUGGUUUCAAGUGUCAUUACACAGAGGUUUUAUCUCAUUAGCUGCUUUUAUCCUCCUGCCUUUGUUUCACUCUCCGAGCCACGUGUCAGCUGAGUUCACACAUGAGUCUAAAGAGGAUUCAAACCUCACGUAGAAACAGACAGUGGAGAGGACGGACCUGGCUGCCACCGUCUGUUUAGAUGGAGGAAGUGUUUGCGCAAACAUUAAUAAGAUGUGUGAUUUGAUUUAUGUGUCCUGCAGAUCCAUAAGGAGCGCUUCAAGAUCGACAUGCCCCACAGGUUUAAAGUCUACAACUACAAGAGCCCGACUUUCUGUGAGCACUGCGGUACUCUGCUGUGGGGGUUCGCCAGACAGGGGCUGAAAUGUGAGGGUGAGAGGCAGGAGUUUUAUCAUUUCUGUGGUUUGAUGUGAUGUGGUGAUGUUUCCUUCUCUCAUGCAACAAUAAUAAAAGAUGUGGAAACGAAGUCAUUAAAAUUCUGGCAAUACAGCUGAGGCUUUUUAUGAUUUAUGAACUAAGGAUUUAAAGGGAUACUCCGGCGUAAAAUUAAUUUAGGGUCAAACACACCAUAACACCGAGUUAGACACCCCCUCAAGAGAUGAAUGCUGCUGACUGCUUGCUUCUCUAGUUAUACCAACAAGAGAAACAAUACACAGCGGUCUGAGGAGCCAUAAACAAACCUGAACCAAAACGCCACUCUAUAGCUACAAAUAAUGCUCAGAACAGCACCGAACUUCAUCAACAGUACAUAUAAGGUCCCAGCCACAGUACUAGCCACCAAACAUCUUUUUAACUUAGCCUAAGACUAAGAGACUAAACACAACUCACCUACUCUCUUCCAGCAGCUGCUUGUUUGUAGUGAGAACUCAGGCCAGUCCAUUAAGGACUGCUGCGGGGUGACACAGCUCAAGGAAGAACAUUUAUGAUAAUUUCUUUAUCAUUUCCUUGAAGUAAUAAUCACCAUAUUAAUCAUUUUGCACUGCAGACGCAGUAGUUCUUUUGCCUUAGCGUCUCAGUCUGAUUGCAUUUCCAUAAAAUAAUGAUCAUAAAUGUUCUUCAUUGAGCUGCGUCACCCCGCUGUAGUCCGUAAUGGACUGGCCUGAGUUCUCACUACAAACAAGCAGCUGCUGGAAGAGAGUGGGUGAGUUGUGUUUAGUCUCUUUGCCUAAGAAAUUAGGCAAAGUUAAAAAGAUGUUUGGUGGCUAGUGCUAUGGCUGGGACCCUAUAUGUACUGUUGAUGAAGUUAGGUGCUGUUCUGAGCAUUAUUUGUGGCAUUUUGGUUGAGGUUUGUUAAUCGCUCCUCAGACCGCUGUGUAUUGCUAUCGUGCGGUCGUUACUAAAGUUGGUAUAACUAGAGAAGAAAGCGGUUGGCAACAUUCAUCUCUCGAGGGGGUGUCUGACUCGGUGUUAUUGUUUGUUUGACCCCAAAUCAAUUUUAUGCCGCAAUAUCCCUUUAACAAGCUGCCCCAAAAGAAUCCAUGAACUUGUUACUUCUCUCUUUUUUUAAACUAAAUUCCUAUUUUUAGGUUGUUUUAAGGACAUUUUUGCCUUUAUCUGAUAGGACAGCUGAAGUGAGACAGGAAAUGUAGAGAGUAGAGAGUGGGGGAAAGACAUGCAGUAGAUGAUGUGACUGAGUGUUAAACAAGUAACCCCUACAAUGUGGACUGUAGCCCCAGUAAAAAUGGAGUUCUUGAUUAAACCACUUCACUACCAGUCCCCUAAUUUUUUUUUCAACAGUCAGUGAAAUGAUAUGAUACCCCUCCAACAGCUGGCAGAACAACAUUUCCCAUCAGAAAUAGAAACCAAAUAUUUUGCAUGUUUAAGUUGUGGAGCAGAAACACGCAGCAGCUGUUACAGCAGCUGUAAGUCAUCCUGUCCGUGUGAAAUUACAGACAUUUCCAGUGCAAGUGAAUGUGUCUUACACUUUAUUUACCAUGUGCUCUUUCCAAAAGUGUUUUAUUUUUGUUGCUGUUUUGUCCGUGCAGAAUGUGGGAUGAACGUCCAUCACAAAUGUCAGAAGAAAGUAGCGAAUCUCUGCGGGGUGAACCAGAAACUGAUGGCCGAAGCUCUGGCCAUCAUCGAGAGCAAACAGCAGGUCAGACACUCAGACUUUCUGCUCUUUUAAAAAAUAAUUUUCUCCUCUCAGAAAAUCUGCCCUUUAAGUGCCAAAUAAUGUGGGAUGUUGCUGUUAACAGUCCUCCCUUUUCUCUCCAGGCCAGAAGCACCAAAGAAACAGACAUCAUCGGCCGUGAAGGUCCGGUAAGCGUAGGACAGCCAGGCGUAGUUCGAGCUCCAUCUGGGUUAGUAACAAGUGUACCAGCCACCUCCACGCCUGCAAACAAAGGUACAUUGUGUCUUAAUAUUUCACUCCCUCAGUUGAUCACUCCAUCCUUUGUAGUCUUCUAAAUGUCAUGUAUUCGCCUCUUGUCCUGCAGAGGUUCAGGGUGUUUCUUGGGAUGGACCAGGAGAUGUCAGCAGGUCGAUCACCGAGGAGGAGGUGGUGGAUGAAGAGCCUCUGUACGCUGUGCCGAGGAAGGACCACAAAUUCAGCGUUGAUGACUUUGCGUUGCAUAAGAUGCUCGGGAAAGGCAGCUUUGGGAAGGUACAGCAGAUGAUCUGGUUCAAAGACACAAAAAUAAGCACUCAACUCUGCAAACUCAUGAACACGUUUUUCAAGGUCUUAGCGUCACAGCCGUGGCUGUCAUUUUCUUUGUUGCUGUUUUUUUCACUUUUAAAAGAUUAAAUUUCUGUGUUAUUUGUGAUCCUUCGGUUGUUCUUAUUCAGCUGAGUGAAUUGGGUCUUUGUUUGUGCAGCCAGUUUUCCAAAUAAAAACCACUGACUUCUUUUUUGCUGUGAUGUAGGUGGAGGGUUUUACAUCACCAAGCAAAGGGGGCGUAAGAAAUGAGUGGACAACAGAAAGGAAAGCAUGAGGCCUUGAAGCCAUUUCAGUUUCCAUCUCACUGUGUUUUCCAGGUGUUUCUAGCAGAGCUGAAAAAAAGCGGGCAGUUUUACGCAGUGAAGGCGCUCAAAAAGGACGUGGUGCUGAUGGACGAUGACGUGGAGUGCACCAUGGUGGAGAGGAGGGUCCUCUCUUUAGCCUGGGAGAACCCUUUCCUCACACACCUUUACUGCACCUUCCAGACCAAAGUAAGAGCCGUGCACUUCUAAAACAGAGAACUGAAUAUGUGGGUACCAGCUCUCUUCACCUGACGACUAAACUCUUUUACUUUUGUUCACAGGAGAACUUGUUCUUCGUAAUGGAGUAUCUGAACGGCGGGGAUCUCAUGUUCCACAUCCAAAACUGCCACAAGUUCGACCUGCACAGAACAACGUAUGUACCCCAAAAAUGGAAAGUGUCCAGCUUGUGUCCCGCCAGACCAAACAGCAAAUUUUAGGGCUGAAAACUUGAGCCAAGGUGCAAGUGGAGAAAACUGUAGUUUAAGGAAUGGCCACUUGGGGCUGGCUGCAAAAGAGAGUCAACUCUGACUCUGAUAGAAAUUGACGAUAAAACCACAGUGACUGAGGAGUUUUGUAGCUGGCCGUGAAACAGACUAUCCACUGAGCAAGCAACGUCCAUGGGUGUCCAAAAGAAGUAGAUAGAAGUAGAUAUCAUUUAGUUGAAACAUGACAUGAAGUGAUGUUGUUCAGCCUGGUCCAAUUCUGGACGUCUACUGACAACCCGAACUGGUCAAGCAUAGACGUCAAGACAGACCACAAUCUGAACGUCUAAGUGACUGCAGCAUUAGUCGAUUAAUGACAUUGAGACAAGAGGUUUGGUCUGGCCCAACUCUGGAUGUUAUUAGACAACCAGAACUAGUCAAAGAUAGACAUUAACACGUGCCACAAUCUUAACGUCUAUAUAAGGUUUGUAUUUAGUUCAAACAUAAUGUUGUUCAGCCUGGCCAAAUUCUGGACAUCUUCAGAUAGCCAGAACUAGUUGAGGAUAGCUGUUGAGACAGUACAUAUUAUGAACGUCUAUAUAACGUCGUUUCUAUGCCUAAAGCACACCAAAAAUACCAUCCAGGAAACACGUACAGAAAACUUUCAUUCUGGCCCCUCUGAAGUCUUCCAUUAUUGGUACAGAGAUGACGUCGCUGCGACAUCCAGGAAAGACGUUUUGUUCUGGUCCCUCUGAAAAUGUCUGAUGGAGGUUCAGUGAUGACGUCAUAACAAUGUACAGAAAAGACGUAUUAAAAACUUUUAUUCUGGCCCCUCUGAAACCGUCUUCUGAAGGUUCGGAUAAGAUGUCUUUUUAACGUUUUCGGAACCACUUUUUGCGCUGUGGGUAGAAGCCAUUAGCUGCUUUUAAUAGUUUAACUUCGUGUCCACAGAGUCUGUUCAGCAUGUUAAACACUUUUUAUGCCUCUGCACUUUCUGUAGUUUUUUGAUGCCAUCACUUAUAUAGAAAAUAUAUGACUCAGGGAAAGGGAGUGGCUCAGCAGUUCAAGCGUCUGUCCCAUCAACAAAGACUCUGGUUUUUAAUGCAGCAGGUGCUGGUUCAACUGGCCACCACCCUUUGCUGCAUGUGGUUUUAUUAAGCCUAAUAAUUAUACACAGGUGACAUCAUUUGAUAUGAGUUGGCUAACAGGAAGAGCGUUGUAGAUGUGUGCUAGGAGGUUAGAGGUACAUCUAACUCAUUGCCUGUUUCAGCAUUAAAAAUGUGGAGUGAGUCAGUGUUUCCUUAAAGAUAGCCGACAUGGUUGAGCCUUUUCAGGAACCAAUGGGUGAUGUCACGGAAACUUGAGUUUUUGUGAAUCAGAAAAAGUCCAGACAAAGAAAAGUUGAAAGACAACACACCCCAUCCUUAUCCUGUUCUUCUUCUUUUUUUUUGUGUCUUUUUGCAGCUUCUAUGCCGCUGAGAUCAUAUGUGGGCUCCAGUUCCUGCACUCUAAAGGAGUCAUAUACAGGUAGAGUCAAAGUCUGAAGCAGAAACAGAAGUGAAACUGUGGAUGAGUAAUACACAAGGGGCCAAACUGAGAGCGGCCUCCUGUAUAUAUUUAUAUUGAUGAAGUUUUUUUAUAUCCUCCUCUUCCUCUGCAGAGAUCUAAAGCUGGAUAACGUUCUGCUGGACUCUGAGGGUCAUAUAAAGAUAGCAGACUUUGGCAUGUGCAAAGAGAACAUGCAGGACGAGUCUCGGACCUCCACCUUCUGUGGGACGCCUGACUACAUCGCUCCUGAGGUGAGCACACAAGAUGGCACAGAUGUUUGUCCAAAGACAGCAGAGGCAUGUUUUGAAAAGCAGCUCAGAGAUCCGGUUGGCUGAUGUGUGUUACUGUGAUUUAGAUCCUCCUGGGUCAGAAGUACAACAGCUCAGUGGACUGGUGGUCGUUCGGGGUGCUGCUGUACGAGAUGCUGAUCGGUCAGUCUCCUUUCCACGGCCGAGAUGAAGAGGAGCUGUUCCAGUCGAUACGGACUGACAACCCAGUUUAUCCCCGCUGGCUCACCAAAGAUGCCAAAGACAUCCUGGUCAAGGUCAGACCCGGUGGUCUGUUUGUUUUACGGCUAUUUCUGGGAGUAUAAGGUUAUUUUUGAAACAUUAAAUUUUGCUGCAACUUGGCAGGACGUGAUAACAGACAACUCGCUUGCCUUCAGCCAAUGUUGGUGCGAAUUCCCUCACUGGGAAAAGAAAGCAAACAAAUAUUUGCAUCCAAAAAUGGCUGUGGUGUAUUUUAAAAAGUCUAUAACCACAAAAAGACUUAAUCUGUUUCACCGCAGCCACAGUUUCCAUCAUUUCUCCACUAUUGCUGCAUUAAAAAAUUACAUUUUGCCAACAUCAUUUUGAAUAUGGAACAAACUCCACAUCUGAAAUUGCAAAUGAUUACUAUGAUUCUAUCGAUAUGUACACAGCACAGUCAGUUUGCAUGAGGUUAAUUCACUAUUUGUGUGUUUUUGUGCUGCAGCUGUUUGUGAGAGAACCUGAGGAGCGUCUGGGAAUGAAAGGUAACAUCAGAGAGCACAGUUUCUUCAGCAGCACCGACUGGAACGCUCUGGAACUACGGCAGGUGACGCCGCCCUUCAAGCCAACUUUGGUACGUAUAUUCACACAUUUGUAUAAAGUUAAAGGGAUAUUCCGGCAUAAAAUUAAUUUAAGGUUAAACACACCGGAACACAGAGUUAGACAUCAUAACAAUACACAGCAGUCUUUGGAGCCAUCAACAAACCUCAACCUAAACGCCACUCUAAAGCCACAAAUAAUGCUCAGAACAGCAUCUAACUUCAGCAACAGUACAUAUAGGGUCCAAGCCACAGCACUAGCCACCAAAUAUCUUUUUAGCUUCGCCUGAUUUCUUUAGCAAAGAGACUAAACAUAACUCACCUACUCUCCUCCAGCAGCUGCUUGUUUGUAGCGAGAUUGUUGGCCAGUCCAUCACAGACUGCUGCGGGGUGACGCAGCUCAAGGAAGAACAUUUAUGAUCAUUUUUUCAUGGAAAUGCAAUCAGACUGAGAAGCUAAGGCAGAAGAACUACUGCGUCUGCAGUACAAAAUGAUUAAAAUGAUGAUUAUUACUUAAAGGAAAUGAUAAAAUAAUGUGUAUUGCUGAGUGGCGUUUUAGUUGAGGUUUAUUUAUGGCUACUCAGACCGCUGUGUAUUGCUAUCGUGUGGUCGUUACUAAAGCUGGUAAAACUAGAGAAGCAAGCAGUCGGCAACAUUCAUCUCCUGAGGGGGGUGUCUAACUCUGUGUUAAGGAGUGUUUGACCCUAAAUUAAUUUUACGCCAGAAUAUCCCUUUAAGAUUCAAGAUUUCCGGAGGACACUCUAUACUUUAUUCCUACAUAAUGGUCUUCUUCAGGCUCAAAAAUGUGCAGUUUUUUAUACAGAUGUGUAGCUCUUAAAAAGAUGGACUCACUGCUGGUGACCAGUUGAUCCAGACUAGCACCUCCCCCAUAAGCUGGUGCUUCGUUUUGAAUGAAGAGCUCUUUCCACUAAAUUCAGCACUACACAAUGUUCAUGUACACCAGUGUUUCUCUUAAAUACAGGAGUAUAAACUUGAGGGGAAAAAGCACUAUAAAGUUGAUGCCACUAGACUUCACCAUCUUCUUAAAUCCACCAUGUACUGGCCAUUGAAUUGGUAGCGUGCAUCAUGGAGCACCAUCUUCUGGUUGAAGUAUUGAAACACAUUGGAAAAAAUGCAACUUCUAUUGUAUAGGUUGCAACCCUUUUUUUGGUGACAGAGUAUUAAAUGUUUGUCUUCUACAUGAGGUUUUACUGUAAUGAAAUCAGGGCUCAAAGACAGCAAGACAUCACUGAUGAUUUUGGUGCUUUUAUAUAUUUUCCUGGGUGCACAACUUCUCAAAACUAUAAUUGUCAAAAUAACGACAAUGGAGAGGAAAAAUUCUAAACUACAUAUCUUCCUUUUCACCCUCACAGUCUUCACCCAGUGACUGCAGCAACUUCGACAAAGAGUUCAUCAAUGAGAAGCCUCGACUGUCCUGUGCCGACCGGACACUCAUCAACAGCGUGGACCAGACAAUGUUCAGAAACUUUUCCUUUGUCAACCCGGGGAUGAAUCGCAUCGCAGCCCACUGAACAACAGACCGACAACCUACUACCUACAAAUGAGUCAUAGCCAGCACUUCAUACCUGAAACUGGAACAAACUGCAGAAACUCUAGCCUGUGAAUGCAAAAAAACUCAACAGUGUUAUUAAUGAAAACCACCAAGAGGUUGUUGUCUAUAAAUCACACACAGGGUCUCUUUUUAUCUUUUUCAAACUAGAUCAUUUGGCUAAGACAUAGUAAAAUGGAAUAUUCUAAGAUCUACGAUAAAAGUUACACUCCACACAAGACUUUUAUACAACUUUCCAUAAACUUUAAAAUGUGUAUUAAAUCUUUACCCCAGUUAAAGUCAUAACUCUGUUACAAAUAUUCAAAUUCAUUGUAGAUUAAAAGCAUAUCAUGAAUCACUCUAGAGUUUAAAAAUCCAACACUCUCAUCUUUGUGCUUAUAGGGGUGUGUUUCUCAGUAGAAAAUAUGUUGUAAAUAAUUUAGGUGCCUCAUAAUAGUUUCUAUGAUGUUAACACAAUGCAAGCUUGUAAAUUUGACCUUAAGCUAUGGCUGUGCAAUUGUUUUAUUCCCCUCCUUUCCAUGGCUCCUCAUAGGUUGUAAAAAUGAUUUUUAAAAUAGCUUUUAUUGUGUAAAUAGGUGUAACUCAGUUGUGUUGAUAUUCUACUCUGGAUGUACUGUAGAUCUGUUAAUGUGAGGCAGAAAUUCAUGACAGGGUUUUUGUUUACGUGUGUUAUCGUACCUCAGGAGUUUUAUUGAUGCUGUAAUUUGUAUCCGGUACUGAAAAUCCCUGCGUACUGUAGACUUGAUUGUUCUCAUUAUUGUGAAUUCUGCACAAUAAAACGUGUUUUUUUUGUACA